GUGGUGCGGUGGUUUGGCAGGAAUCCAAUCUGACUCUUACUCAAGACAUUGUGUUUGGUAAGGAAGGCCUGUAUCCGGGCGUUCAGGAUACAACAGAAAGUCUUCCCCAGAUUACUGCUCACACAAUACUCUCUCUCUCUCUCUCUCUCUCUACACACACACACACACACACACACACAAUCACACACAGGGGCGCUGCUCCACCUGUGAGCAGACACACCGACAGACAGACAGACAGACAGACAGCUCUAGUCAUGUCCGCAUCAGGGAAUCACUCAAACUUCACUAACAGGUUCGCGCAGUCUCCGUGGCGCGUCACGCUCUGGGCGCUCGCGUUCGCGCUGGUUUUGCUGGUGGCCGUGACCGGAAACCUGAUCGUCAUCUGGAUCAUUCUUGCGCACAAGAGGAUGAGAACCGUCACCAACUACUUUCUGCUGAACCUCGCGGUGUCUGACGUGUCCGUGGCCGCGCUCAACGCAACGGUUAAUUUCGUGUACGCCGCGCACGGGGACUGGUACUUCGGUGACGCGUACUGCCGCUUCCAAAACUUCUAUCCGGUGGCCGCGGUGUUCGCGAGUAUCUACUCCAUGAGUGCCAUCGCGUUAGACAGGUACAUGGCGAUAAUCCACCCGCUGAAGCCCCGCCUCUCUGCAACGGCCACGAAAGGCAUGAUCGCCUGCGUGUGGAUUCUGGCCGUGAUUCUGGCAUUUCCGCUGUGCUUUUAUUCCACAACACGAGUGGUUCUGCCCAGAACACUCUGCUAUGUGGCUUGGCCACGACCUGCAGACGACCCCAUCAUGUAUCAUGUGAUUGUAGCAGUGCUGGUUUAUCUCCUGCCUCUCGUGGUAAUGGCUGCCACCUACAGCAGGGUCGGACUCACUCUGUGGGGGGGUGAAAUUCCAGGACAUUCCUCAGAAAACUUGCAGGAUCAGCUAAAGGCCAAACGAAAGGUUGUGAAGAUGAUGGUGAUCGUGGUGGUAACAUUUGCGGUCUGUUGGCUGCCGUAUCACGUGUAUUUCAUUGUAACGGGACUCAACAGAGAGCUGAAUAAAUGGACGUUCAUCCAGCAGGUUUAUCUGUCAGUGCUGUGGCUGUCAAUGAGCUCAUCAAUGUACAACCCUAUUAUAUACUGCUGCCUGAACAGCAGGUUCCGUGCGGGAUUCAAGCGAGUGUUUCGCUGGUGUCCCUUCAUUCAUGUGUCGAACUGUGACGAGUUAGAACUCCACACGAUCCGCUUCAUACAGAACCGCCAGAGCAGCCUGUACACGGUCACACGCAUGGAUUCUAGUGCCGAUGCCAGUGCAAACUCCACGAGACGCAAGAGCUCAUGCGGCAGUCACCGCAGCAGCCAAUCGCGGACCUCCACACGCCUGUCACUCAAUGGUGGUCUCUGUGGCAACCCUGUAAGCACAGCAGGGAAAGAACUCAGCUAAGAGCCAAUCACAAACAAGAACACAAGAACUUCACAUCAGCCACCGUAGCUCAGUCAACAACUUAUAUUCUCACUGUAGGUAUAUAUAUAUAUAUAUAUAUAUAUAUAUGUGAAAUUAAACACACUUUGUUUUCAGUAUUCAGACCUGAAGUAAAUUUUCGUGAAGUAUGUUCUCACAUUAGAGCUUUUGGUUUGUUUGACGUCAGAGUUGAAUUCUGUGUAGUGCGGUUUUAAACCAACGCACCACUCUGUCGAGUUGGGUCUUGCUAUUUCCAACACAUAUCCAUACAACAAAGAAAGGAAAAACACCAAUGCUGAAAAAUAAUGCAGGUUUAUUCCAUAAUCAAUCCAGAAACGAAAUUAAUCAAUUUCCAGGUUUUGAGCAUGGUUGAAAAACUUGUUGGCUUUCUUUGCCCAACUUACCUCGCUUGUCCAAAUAACCACACCCCUAAAUAAGUCAUGACCCCUCGCUUCCUGGCGAUUCUGGGUUUUAACUAAUCAAAUAAGUUUAUCUCUAUAAAGUUAUAACCAAAAUAUCAAAUCAUUAAAUGGAGUGUGAAUAAACCAAGAUAAUAAAUAUAAUUUUUUACAAUUAAAUGCAAGGUGGCUCCAACACCUAAUUGUCAAAGCAUUUAGUAUGCAAUUACCUCAAUAAAUAAAAAAUGGAGCCAUAAUACAAGAAUAGAUUUCUUAUCACAUAAUUCUGCUAACAUUAGUACAGUUAUUCAUACACAUCAUCAGUUUAUUAAAUUAUACAUUGAGCAUCACAGUUUUUCUGUGUUUUUUAUAAGUGUGCAUUUAGAAUUAAUCUUCAGUCUAUAGGUACAUGCACAUGUUUUGUUCAGUUUAUCAUACAAUCCAUUAUACAGAAAUUUACAAAUUGUCUCUACAGUUCAAUCCUUGUAAGUCACUGUCAAGUGUACAAUCAGUAAGUCCGAAGUCAGUGCAAGUGAAAGUGUAAAAGUGCUGGAGCUUAAGAACUCUUCAGGUGUGCAUCAAUCUGUCUCUGGAAGGAAACAGAGUUUGCUGAUUGGUAUAUCGAGUACACUGUUCUUGGUUUUGACCCGGACCUGCCAUACAAGACCUUUGGAAUCUGCCAUAAUUUCCAGGAUUCUACCCAUUCUCCAACAAUUCCAAGGGAUGUUUUCUUCAAUAACAAGGACAAGGUCUACAGGUUUUAUUUUAUGUGUCUUCUUAUUCCAUUUUUGCCAGCCUUGCUGUAGAGGUUGAUUCUCCCUGGUCCAAAACAUCAGCAAUGUACUGGACUUGCCUCCAGAGUUUUUCUGGUAUACUGGUCCUCUUUUCUGAAGAGCCCAGGUGGAAGAGGUGGCCAACUCUUGAGUGGCAACAAGUGGUAAGUUGUGAAAGCCUCUAAAUUACUUGGGUGAUCUGAAGCUUUGGUAAGCUGACUGUUCAUGAUGGCCUCUAUCGCACUCAAGGCUGUAUGCAGUGCUUCAUCAGUAAGUGCUUGCUCUUUCAGCACACACUGCAGGAUAUAUUUGGCUGAGCAGAUCAGGCACUCCCAGAGACCUCCAUGAUGAGCCCCAAGUGGUGGGUUAAAUUUCCACAAAAUACCCACUCCUUGUAAGGCAUAAAAUAUAUUGUUUUGAUCCAGGGCCUUAAUGGCUGUCCUGAGUUUGUGAUUGGCACUCUCAAAAUGAGUUUCAUUGUCUGAUCUCAGCUCCAGUACAGGGCACACAAAACACCGGUAGAUCAGACAUCUUUUGUUGUGCUGCCGUUGCAUGCAAACAAUGACAAGUGAUGCAUUCUUUAAUCAUUCUCCGCACCAUUGCACCGGCAUGGGGAAUCCAAAAAUGUUGACGUAGUUUUGACAAUGUGUGAUUCUUUCCACAACACCCAACUUGGUCAUGCACAUCACAUAGGAUAAGCUCUUAUAUGAGACUGGUUUUGAGGAUUAUUGCUGGGCAUUUCUGUUCUUCUGGCAAGAAGGUUUAGCUUAAACUACCUCCAACUCUCAAGAUUCCAUCAGCCAUAUGUGGGUCCAGUUUGUAGAGAGAAGUUGUUCUUCCAACACUGUUUACCUUUCUCCAACAGGGCAAUUUCUUUUUAAAAAUAUUCUUGCUGAAUUAACCAUACAAUAUAUUUCUCAGCAUGGUCUAUGUCUUCCACUGAAAGAGUUGAGUAAUUCAGGACCUCUUUUGUCAAUCACAUGAGAAGUCUUGCAGAGAGAUUUUUCUUUGGUCAUUUUAUCAAUCUGCUGCCAUGCCGAUCUCAACUUUUUAAACGCAACCUUCAGUCUAAGAAGCCAUUCCACACUGGUUUGCAGUUUUUUUUCCAAGAACAGAAGUGUGAGAUUAACUUCAUCAAAGGGUUUUCCUUUUUUAAUUCAGUGCUGCAGGCAACUAUGUCUCUUUUUACUUCAGGGUCAUUAGCAGAUACUUGCUUCACUGGAAAAGGCUGUGGCCAAUGUGUCUCUGGAAAGUCAAGGAAUUGUGGAGCCAAAAUUUGUCUUGUGGUUGAAAGGAAUGCUGUGGCUCUUAGGUCACGAGAUGUGUGAUCAGCAGGGUUAAGCUCUGAGCUUACGUAUCUCAGUUUUGAUGGUUGCAUCAACUUGGUAAUAAUGGUGAAAAUUGGCAACAAAGAUCUUGAAAUAUUUGUUUCUGUUCGCUUGGUAUUUCAAAACAGCCGUGCUUUCGGACCAGAAUACAGACUUUGACAUUGCAAUUUGCAGCUCCAUUCUUAAUAGAUGAUCAAUUCAUGCAGCUUAAACAGCUGCUAUAAGCUCGAGCCUGGAAAUGAUUGUAUACUUAAGUGGAGCAACAUGGGAUUUCAGAAAUGGUACAUGUACAUUAUUAUGACAGUCCAUUAGUCUUAGAUAUGACACAUUUCCAUAGCCCUUUUCACAAGCAUCACAAAAUUGAUGCAGUGGGGCAGUCUUCAGCUUCACAAAACCUGGAGGUAAGCAUCUUCUCACCUUGAAAGGAUGCAGCUCUGGUAAAUCAGUCAGCCAGUUUUGCCAUUGUUCAGCAAAAACUUCAGGAAUGCUGUAACCCCAACUACAUUUUUACUUACAGAGAUCUUGUAGUAUUUGUUUUCCAACAAGAAUCACUGGUGAUGGUCACCACUUUGGCCCUCUUUUCUUGAGGAGUGACAGUCAGGACGUCCCUGAAAUUAAAUAUCCACCUUGUCAGCCUGUAUCCUCCUUGUGCACAAAGAUCUGUCAAUUCUUUAUGAAGUGAAACAGCUUCUUUUGAUUACUGCAUAUACUUGAGAAAGUCUGGGUACUAUUCAUGAUUGUUUAUAGCUAUUUGUUUGAGGGCAAAGCUAACACAGCUGGGGACAAAUAUAGUGCCAAAAAGAUGCACUAUUAUCCUAUAGUCCACUAAAUCUGUGUUUACAUUGUCAUCAGGUCAUCAGCGAAAUCAAAGGAAGUCUGUAUCUUCACUCGUACUUGAUGGAACAUGCUCUCAAUAUCCUCCAUUAAUGCAAUGGGCGAAAUCUAAGCAACUCCAAAAAGGCUGCUGGUCAAGUCUGGGCCUGGCAGCAACUCAUUGUUCAAAGACAUUCCACAAAAAGAUGAAGCACAAUCAAAAACUUUUCCGAUCGUUUGCUUUUUAGGGUGAAAGACACCAUGUCUUCAUGGCUGCAACAUCUCUGAUGGAACGAGCUCUGCAUAGCCUUUACCAGUCAUAUCACUCAUGAAAGCCUUGUACUCUUCAAAAUAGUUAUAAUUCCUCUUGAAUUCCUUCAUGAGCUGAAUUGCCAUUUGUCUGUUUUUUGACAUUAUUACAUUUGGAUUUCUGAAUGGUAGUUGUAUGUAAUAAUGUUUGUUUUUCAGAACAGCAGUUUUUUCCACAAUUUCCAUGAACUGGUGGUCAUCUACAGACAUCUCUGCCUUGUCGACAGAUUGUUCUAUAAAGCCCUGAUUGUACUGCAUUUUCACUAGCUCUUCCAAAAUAGAAGUUGAUGUUUAUUUAGUGUGUGUGGAGGCUCACACUAUUCCACGCGCCCCACCGAGAGCAAGAACCACCAUAUAGCGACCACGAGGAAGGUAAGCCACGUGACCCUCCCUAGCAACGGGACGAAUUGGUUGCUUUGGAAGCCUGGCUGGAGUCACUCAGCACACCCUGGAUUCGAACACGUGAUUCCAGUGGUGGUCUUUGCUUGCUGAGCUACCCAGACCCCUAGAAGUUGAUAUUCUGUUGCCGUAUAAAACAUGAUGUCUGUGCUUACUGGUGGUACUGGUGGCUUGUGGAAGUGGUAUUAGGGAGGCCAGCAGGGGGUGCUCACCCUACAGUCUGUGUGGGCCCCAAUGCCCCAGUAUAGUGAUGGGGACAGUAUACUGCAUCCUUCGGAUGAGACCUUAAAUCGAGGUCCUGACUCUCUGUGGUCAUUAAAAAUCCCAGGGUACUUCUCGUAAAGAGUAGGGGUGUAACCCUGAUGUCCUGGCCAAAUUACCCCCAUGGGCCCUUAUCAGUCAUGGCCUCCUUAUAAUCCCCAUCUAUAAAUUGGCUAUAUCACUCUACUCCCUCCUCUCCACCUAUAGCUGGUGUAUGGUGAACGUUUUGGUGCACUAUGGAUGCUGUCGCAUCAUCCAGGUGGAUGCUGCACACUGGUGAUGGUUGAGGAGAGUCCCCUGUUCACAAUGUCAAAUCAAAAUCAAAUCCCUUUAUUGUCACUCAACCAUAUACACAAGUGCAACAAUGGGUGAAAGUCUUGGGUGCAGUUCCGAGCAACAUACAGUAGCAGUAUGACAAUUACAAUAAACAUCUGAUUUACACAUAACACAUUUUACACAUCUGUUACACAACACAAUAUACAAUAUACACCUAAUAAUAUACAAUUUACAGUAUACACAAAAUAAGAAGACUGUAUACAAAAAAAUAAUAAUAAUAUACAAUAUACAGUAUAUACAAAAUAAGAAGACUGUAUACAAUAAAAAUACACUGUACCCCCCCAUGUAAUCAGUGGAAAUAAAUAUGAAGUGUUCUGUUGACAUUCAGCUGUCAGUUGAUAGUCAGUUGCCAGUGUGUUAUUAAGAGAAGUAUAAAAUGUGAGUCCAGUCUGAGGCUAAUAAUGUGCUGUGCUGAUAUAUGUAUCGUGAGCGACCAAGAGUUCAAAAGUCUGAUUGCUUGGGGGAAGAAGCUGUCAUGGAGUCGGCUGGUGCGGGUCCUGAUGCUGCGAUACAGCCUGCCUGAUGGUAGCAGUGAGAACAGCCCAUGGCUCGGGUGGCUGGAGUCUCUGAUGAUCCUCCAAGCUUUUUUCACACACCGCCUUGUAUAUAUUUCCUGGAGGGAGGGAAGCUCACCUCCGAUGAUGUGUCUGGCAGUUCGCACCACCCUUUGCAGUGCUUUGCGGUUGUGGGCGGUGCUAUUGCCGUACCAGGCGGAGAUACAGCCAAUCAGGAUGCUCUCCACAGUGCAGGUGUAGAACCGUGUGAGAAUGUGGCGGUUCAUUCCAAACUUCCUUAGCCGUCUCAGGAAGAAGAGGCGCUGAUGAGCCUUCUUCACAACGACUUCAGUGUGGAUGGACCAUGUGAGUUCCUCAGUGAUGUGGACACCCAGGAACUUGAAGCUGCUGACUCUCUCCACUGGUGCUCCAUUGAUGGUGAUGGGACUGUGUUCUCUGUCUUUUCUUCUGAAGUCCACCACAAGCUCCUUUUGUCUUACUGACGUUGAGGGAGAUGUUGUGCUCCUGACACCAGUGUGUCAGAGUGUGCACCUCCUCUCUGUAGGCUGUUUCAUCAUUGUCAGUGAUCAGACCUACCACCGUCGUGUCAUCAGCAAACUUAAUGAUGGCAUUGGAGUUAUGUGUUGCCACACAGUCAUGUGUGUACAGGGAAUACAGUAGUGGGCUGAGAACACAGCCCUGUGGGGCUCCAGUGUUGAAGGUCAGUGAUGAGGAGAUGUUGCUGCCUAUUCUAACCACCUGGCGUCUGCUUGACAGGAAGUCCAGGAUCCAGCUGCAUAGUGAGCUGUUUAAGCCCAGAGCCCAGAGUUUCACAUCAAAAAUGUAAAGCGUUUUGAGUGUUGUGUCAGAAAAGCGCUAUAUAAAUGUAACAUUUAUUAAUUAAUUCAUGUUGUCAAUAUUUAGGGGACCGUUCACCACCCAUCCAAGGACGGUCUUAACAGCAUAAUCCCCACCUUCAACGCUAUUGAUAAUCUUCCACGGUUCCAAAGACUUUGGAGCAUUGACCCCAAUUAGAAGACAAACAACAGUGUUUAGAUAUUUGAGUUUUACCUCAUCCAAAAAUGGCCAUGGUUCAAGAUCCUCCUGUAGGAGCACAUUAUCCUUACUAACUUGCAUCAACUUCUGAUUGUACACAUCAGGCAGACACACAAAUGUGUCUUCACCAAGCCCUGCUACCUCUAACCCAGCUAUCUUGAAGCUGUUGACAUGGCCCUUUUUAUUUUAGUAGGAUCCCUUUCAUCAAUAACCCUAACCCAUCAAUGCUUCUGUGCUGAAGGUUGCUGAGCUUCCUAAAUCCAAGAAACAGCUUACAACAGCUUUUUAAUUUUCAAGAUCACCGCAACAAUUUCUCAAUAAAUAUAACAUGCGUGCAGUCUCAUUUCGAAAACACUUGAACUUGAUCUUCAUCGUGCAUCUUCAGACAAACAAAAGCAGUGUCAAGCAGUCUUUGUCAAACAAGCGCUUUAAAGUAAGAAUAAAAAACUCUUCUUUGUUCUCACAGAAAUGUCUUUGAAUCCUAUGUGUCCACUGACAUUCCAACUGCAGAAGUAAUAUCCAUUAUAUACAACAAUCCAUCAACAUCAGCCAAGUUUUCAACUUAAUGUAGUGCCGUUUUAAACCAACGUGCCACUCUGUCGAGUUGGGUCUUGCUAUUUCAAACACAUCAAAGAACAACAAAGAAAGGAAAAACUCCAGUGCUGAAAAAUAAUUCAGGUUUAUUCCAGAAUCCAUUCAAAAACUAAAAUAAUCAAUUUCCAAGUUUUGAGCAUGGUUAAAACAGCAUCUGGCCAACAGAAUAAAGCAUCUGGCCAAUGGACAGCAGUUAUUCAUUUAUUCAGUCAGGAAUAAUGCCAGCUUUUCUAGCAUUACUACAAAACGUACAAUUUUUACCCAGCUGUGUCAGUGUUAAUUCCACUGUAUGUUAGUUCUGUUUUUUGUGUUCUCUUUUCUGGAUCUUUUGUUUAAAAAUGGUGAUACAGCACAGAUCAGAUCAGUAACCAUUGUUGGGUAGAUUACUUAUGAAAUGUAAUCUGGUACUGAUUACAAAUUACACAACUAAUGUAAAUCUGUAAUGUAAUCUUUUAAAUUACUAUUUUUAGGUAAUCUGAUUACUUCUGGAUGACAUUAAUUUAGCUAACCCUAAACAUCUGAUUAUACAUGUAAUCCAAUUACAAGUAUUUCAUUUUUGUAAUCUUAUUAUGUAAUUCAGUUUAUAUGAAAUCUCUUAUGUUCCAACACUGUCAGUAACUUUAUUAACUGUCAAGCAAAAUUAUUAACCACAUACAUUCUUAACGCACAUUGUUUAUACAGUUCCAGUUUUGCAAUGCAUCUGUUUUUUAUUGUCUGUAGAAGAAUAUUAGUUAAGUGUUCAUAACCAGAAGUGUUGAAAUAAUAAAGUGUUAUGGUUAUGGUAUUAUGUAUGUCACCCCUCUGCCUGGUAUAGAUAUUCUCUGAAGAACCAAGUAAACAAUUAAAUUUGUAAUGUACUUUCAAACUCGUUGUGUAAGUUCUGAUUACCAGGCCAGAUGCUCACAAUAACAGGACUAAUUAUAUUCUGUGUGUGUGUGUGUAUUCAUUCAAAGGUCUGGAUUCACAAAUUGUCUGGAAGGUAUAUAUAUAUGCCAUCUGUAUGUUGUCACUGUCAAAUGAUAAAGAAUGUGAAAAGUG